AUCCAUAGUCCCUUCGUGUUAUUCUGGGUUUCUUCAAACCUUGACGAGCUUCUCAGCUCGAACCACGGGAUUUUCCCUCGCGAUAACCUCUCGACCCGCCGCCUUGUAAUCGUAGCUGCAGUCGUGCCGAUCGGAGUAUCUGUGCUCCGAGCAGAACACGUCCCCGCACCUGCACCGGAAUCCAACCAGCCCGAUCCGCUUCCGGCAUCCAGACACGGAGCACCAGGUCCCAUCCCUAGAUCCCGCCGCUUCUCCGACGGAGGGAUCAGAUCUGGGUUUUCCGGUGAGCCGGCGGAACUGGUUCGAGGUGGAUCUGUGAUGUCCGGCGCUCUUGCGAGAGGGGUACGCGGCGGAGAUGAGAUCGUCUGCGGCGAGGUUGGAGAAAAAGCGAGCGAAGAAUGGAAGGGAGAAGAUGGAGACGAAAAUGGGAAAAUGACAAAUUUGGGGGCCUGCGAGUUAUAA